AUGCGAAGGCGGCAUAAAAUGAUAUUAUUUCAUGGAGUGCCGGAACAGAAGGUCGAGGACACAACAGCAAAGAUUACUGGUUUGGUCGCUGAACACCUGGACUUGUCAAAUUUUUCUUCUGCAAGUAUUAAGCAGACCUACCGCUUGGGUCGUUCCUCUGAUAAACCUAGACCGAUUGUCGUAAAGUUUUCCGAUACUGCAGUGCGUAAUAAGGUAUGGUUUAGCAAAACCAAACUUAAAGGGACAGGCAUCACACAGUCCGAGUUCCUUACAAAGAGCAGACAUAACACCUUCUUGGAGGCUCGGCAACGCUUUGGUAUUGGCAAGUGCUGGACACGCAAUGGGUAUAUCCAUAUAAUUGCUUCUGAUGGUUCUCGGCAUCGUGCAGAAUGCAAACUGGAUCUCAACUCAAUUUCUUCCAAUCAGACUAAAUCUCCGACGCAAAUUCCAGUUGCAAGUAAGAAUACAGAUAAAGUGAUAGUUUCACGCGUUAAACGUGUAGUAAAAAAA